CAAUAACUACAACUACAACGCCAUCUACAACCACUACUACCACUCCAACAACUACAACUACAACAGUGGCCGCCAUUUCUACAACCUCGGUUGCUCCGACAACCGCUUCCAACUCCACCACUUGCAGAGCAUCUUCACGCACUCCAACUACCCCAACCACUGCUACUUCAACAACAACCGCAGCCAACACCACUAUCGUCACUACCACGACUCCGGUUGAAAUGACAUCCAUGAAACCAUCUACCACCCCAAAACCACCAAGUUCAACCAAAGAUAAGCCGUCAACAAAACCAAGUCAAGAUGAAUCCACGACUAAACCAGGAGACGGCAAAACGGGCACUGGCGGUAAAACAGAAGCACAGAAAGCUGAACAAACAGACAAAACAGCCGUGUAUGCCAGUGUUGGUGUUAUAGGAGGGGUGGUGCUGAUAGUGGUGGUGGUGGUGAUCAGUGUCUUUGUCAUACGGACAAAAGCUUGGACGAGAUUACGUCACACGUUUAACUCCGCGGAGACCAUAAGCUAUGACAACGCUGCUUAUACAGAACUGGGGCCAAACACCCAGAGUAGCGCGGAUCUGUACAACCCCCUGUACGCAUCCAUUGCCAAGGACCGUGCUACCAUCCCCAUCAAACCAUACAGCGUAGGAGAAUCUAUGUCGUAAUAGAGACGGCUAUAAUCCGUGACGUCAGCAGAACCGCAGAAACCAGUGAUGUAUUGGAACAC